CCUGGCCUCUCCGGACGAGACCGGAAAGUGGUGAGGGCUUUACUCGUCGGCGAGCUUUCGUCGUGGAGAGCGUGCGCGCGCGCGUGCUAACUCGAGGAGAAAGGAAAAACUGAAAGAAAGGAGGAAGAAGAAGAAGAAGAAGAAGAGGAGGAGGAGGAGGAGGAGAAGGAGGAGAAAGAAGAAAAGGAAGAAGACAAAGAAAAGAAAUAGAAGAGAAGAAGAAGGCGUCCGUUUUGAUUUUUCGCAUUUUAUCUAAACGACCAAACUUAUCGUCGUUUCAGGAAAAAGAUAGAGUGAAAGAGAGGAAUAAAAAGAAAGAGAAAAAGAGGGAGAGAGAGAGUGAGAGAUUAAGAGUGAGAAAACGAGAUUCGCGAUAUAAGGAAGAAAAUUAAGAUUGGGAGCCGAAGGAAAAGAAGAAAAGCUGAGACUACAACGACGAUAACGAUAAGAAGGAGGAGGUCGUCGUCGGUAGUGGUGGUGGUGGUGGUGGUGGUGGUGGUGGUGGUGGCGACGGUAGAGGACGAAAGCGUCGGUCGAUCGUAAAAAUGUAAUGACCCGGCGACGAGAGAGGAAAGAGAGGUAGCUCCACUCGGAAAGUUUUAGCAGCAAGCUACGUCGUAACUCCGUGAACGAAGAAGCAUCGUCAACUAUAAAGCUCAUGGCGUGAAGCUCGAACAAUCGACCGGAAGGGGGAUUUGUGGCUGUCGUUUCUCUUUUCUUCUUUUCGUCGUCUCUGCGCGAAGAAUUCGAGCGAGAAGGCUCGAUCACAGGAAUCAGGAUGCACGCGGUUGGAUUGCACUCGGCGCUGGCCAUCAAGCGUCAGAGAAAGCGUCGGGACGAGCAGCGUCGUGCUCGCGAGCGCCGUUAUAGCGCUCAAUCGGGUGAGAGCGGACUGACAUCGCCGAGAGCAUCGACCGGUUCCCUGGACCAUCCUCCGAGGCAUCAGAAGGGAGGACAUCCUAAUCGUGCCGCAGGACAAGGCAUGUUGGACACAAAGGUGGUUACUUCGAUUGGGAUGCUCCAUAUAGGAGUGGUCUUUCUGGUGUUGGGUGCAUUCUUACUGAUGAGCGGUCUUCUCCCUGGUGAUUUGGCUCAUUGGAGUAGCAAGGGCUCUGGUGGUUGGUGGAAUGAGCUAGUUGCUAUCGGUCUCUUUGCCAUCUUCGUUGGCAUCUUCCUGAUUAUUCUAAAUCGCGUAAUCGCUAGGAAAGAAGAGAACGAUCUUGAGGAAUACGUUCAAAGACAAUUGACCAGAUCCAGAUCUGGACAUAGAUUAGAAAGAGAUGUUGAGACUGGUGGGCUCACCACUAGACACGCCAGAAGGGUCAAGCAGAUGCAGCAAAUACCGUCCGUCGGAUCGAUCACGACUCAAGAUGAAAAGAAUUCGGAAAACUCCCCGCCUAGAAGCCCGCCGCCAGCUUACUCGCCACCCCCUGUUAUUAACGGCGAUAAUCAAAACAUACAGUCGGCCCUCUUCCUCGAACAAAUCACCGAAGAAGAAAUCAUCAGCGACCGAGUCGAAACGUCCACGACAAAUAGUCUCAGUCCUGGUUCACCUAGCGAAACGAGAGAACUCCUACAAAAUCCACGAUAUUCCAAGCAAAAUGGAAAUCCUCAACAGGCUCAUCGACCUCUUUACGUCUCUAGAAUUUAGAUGCCGAAUAUCCUCUUACUUCGUUUCAAUCGUUGUCCUUCAAUUUUCACGAAGAAAAUGAAACAUGUCUACGCGAAUAAGAUGCAAAUCGUUUCUUGAGAAUGUUAAAGCCCCCAAAGCGUUUUCAAGGCUCGAUAAAACAGAUUUUUCGUUCUCGAAGAAAAAUCGGAUAUGUCAUUGGCGCGAAUCCUCUAUUACAAAACUUGUUACGUUUCUUGAGAAAUCUUCACGACUAUCUAUCAUGCACGGCAUAUCUUAGAAAAUUUCAAAGAGCUAACGUAAUUUUCGUAUUCUCUUUCGUAGAAAGUUUCAAAGAUAAUAUUUGGUGAAUUCUCUUCGACGUUAACAUUUCUUUGCCCUAAAUCUAGAACAUUCGAUUUAUCUUUGUUAAAAAUUAUUAUCGAAAAUUUUUAUUUAACAAAGAAAAUACCAUACUUACAAAACAUUCCCAGCCAAAGGAUACUAACGUAGAAAUUGUUAUUAAAUUGAACGUAUACGAACUUCCAUGGUUUACAAUUUAGAUUUAGGGAUUUAUGAAAGUUUGUAAAUUCACUUUCGACGAUCCUUUACGAUGAUCGUAUAAACGUCAUACCUUGCGUGACAUUGAUAUCAAUUUCCAUCAACGAAUAGAAUGUAUACUCUUGUCAAAUUGAGUUCAGUAUUACUCCAGGAGUUUGAAAUUUCCGCUUCGAAUCGGAUAGGCCCGUUGUAUCGAUUUAACCCUUUAACCACGAAGAGCUUACGCAUAGAUAUACGUCAAUCGAAUUAUGUCCCACGCAGGAUGUUAUCCAUAAUAUUAUCCGUUAUUACGUUAGUUUUGGAUUUACGAAGGACGUGACCGUAAGAUACAUAAAGUUGAUUAGGAAUGUUUCGAAUACGUAAUUCGUAUUCAAAGUGAAAGAAAAAAACAAAAAAAAAAAAAAAAGAAAAAGAAAAAAAGAGAGAGAAAAAAAAGAAAUGAAUUUAGUUAAAUUUAUUUAAUAGGAGCUCGUAAAUGGACGAAGACUAGAACGUUAUUGUUACGUUUCUCUUAUUUACCUAUUUAACAGGUACUUCUGACUUACUUUCUAUCACUAUACACUGCCCUUUCGCAUUUCAAUUACACUCAAAGUUAAAUUUAUUAAUUAAACGUUUCUACCUUGUGAAAUUCAACAUUAAUAUCAACAUCAGCGACACUUACGCGAUUAAAGCGAUCAAGAAUUCCAACUUGUAUUAAAUUGUAAAUAGAUUCGUUUUACUGAGAAUAUAUAUUUCUUUCGUGGUAGUGAUCAUUCACGAUUGUACCAAGGGAUUUAAAGAAAAAAAAAAAAAGAAAAAUAACACAAAAGUAUGGAUCUUCGUAAGUAAAGAUAUACUAUGAUAAAGAUAAUACACUAUAAUCGUGGAAGUUCGUUGCAUUUAAUUGUAUUCAUUAUGAGUAUCAUUUUCGAAAGACUAUUAACAAUUUUAACAUUCCUUUUGCGAUUACAAUCGUUAUUUUUACGCGUUGUCCAUAUCUUUUUCCCUAACCAGAGAAGAAGAAAAAAAAAAGAUAUAUGUAUAUAUAUAUAUAUAUAUAUAUAUAUAUCGUUUAAUAUCUGAUCAUUUCUGUUGAUCAUCGAUUUUCAAAUAUUUAUUUUGAAUCACGAAGAAAAGUGAAAAUGCAGCGAUAUAACAAUCAUACACGUUUGAUAUGAAUUUUUCACAUCGUCAUUAAGUCGUUAAUCAGUGUGUCGACAUCAUAAAAGGAUGAAGCGACUAAAUCUUUUUUUUUUUUUUUUUAUGCACAAAGCUUGUAAAUAUUUGGGAGAUGUUAAAGAAAAUGAAAGUCUUUUAUACAACAAGAUAAAUAAGAGACACGACCCGAUAGAAGAAAUUUCCUUACGUAAAUAUAAUCAUUAUAAUUUCAUUUGUUUCAAUUUAUUUUAAUUAAUUUCAUGAAUGUUCGAUGGUGUUUUCUUUUUUUUUUCUUUUUUGAUAUCAAUACAUUCUAUAAUAUUUAACAUUCCGAAAAAGUAAUUUAAUGUUUCAUUAAACUUAUAACAUUUCAUCGAAAUAAAUUAUUUCGAUAAAUACGAACGAUGAAUUAUUUUAAUGUAUAUAGAAAUUGAAUCUUUUAAAAAAGCAUUUCAGAUUUCGUUGGAAAAAUUCCUCGUAAAUUUUAUUUCUAUUGUCAUUCUUUCUAAGAGAUUGAAGAAGAUUCGUCGUUCUCUUCUUGAUAUUUAUUUGCAGCUUCGUUCGCGCACAAUAUAUAUAUAUAUAUAUAUAUAUAUAUAUAUAUAUAUAAAUCGUGUUUCAAGUUAAUCGAAAGUGAAAAAAUCGUAAAAAUCCUACGAGAUGAUCUUUGGAUCAUUUAUAUCGCCUACGAUAAAUAUAAAUCGUAUUUUCGUCCAAAUAAAGCCUUCGAAGAGGCUUUAUAUCUUUUUCAAUGUAAAUCGAUGUUUAAGCCGUGAAAUGAAGAAGAAGAAGAAGAAGAAGAAGAAGAAGAAGAAAAAGAAAACUAGAGAUGUGCGUUUGAAUGUAAAAUCGAAGAAAAAAUUUUAAUGAAACGAAAAUUAAACAUGCGUGUCUCUGUUGUACGAAUUAAUGUAUGUAAUUUUAAGAAAUCGAAUGAGGUACGAUAAAAAAAAAAAAACCUCGUGGAAAUAUUUAGAAAUAAAUAUGAUCGGAUCUAUAUAGAGUUUCUUCGAGGUUGAUGAGACUCGCCAUUAUUACUAAUUUACUUAUGAACUUGACAGCCAACGUCGAUAUUACGAGAAAAAGAAUGGAAUGUUUUAUUAAAAAUAAUGAAAAGAGUGAGUGAGUGAGAGAGAGAGAGAGAGAGAGAGAGAGAGAGAGAGAGAGAGAGAGAAAUGAUUAAGUAAAGAAUUUUCUCAUAACUAUGCAAAAUAGAUGAGAUAAAAAAGAGGAAGAAGAAGAAAACAGAAAAUAAUAAUAAAAAAAAAAAUAAAUAAAUAAAUAAAAAUAAAAAAAAAGUGAAGAAAAAAACAGAAAAAAACGAAUUCAAGGACCAAGAUAAAUUAAUCCGAAACGAAUGUUAGAAAUGAAACACGAGGAAAGGAUAAUAGAGAAGAAUCAAGAUUGAAAUAGGGAAUAAACAAAUGAAAUGAUCGAUUAUGAGAAUUUUUACCGAAUGGUAUAUCGGACUUUGCGUGUUUAUUGAACCGAUUGUUUCUAUCGUAAAAGAAACGAAUAAAACUUUGGCGCAUUAGCGACAGAGUACGAGAGAAAGAGAUACAUAUGAACUAUUAUUAUUCAAUCGUAAUUCUAACGUAUUAUCAACGCGAACAUACUCAUUAUCUAUGAAUAUUUAAUUCGUCGAACGUCGGGACGAAAUUUAUUUUUUUUUCUUUUUUCUUCUAUAAAUGGAUCAAAAUGGCCGACGUAUCGAUUAUCAAAUCCAAUCUCGACGUUCGAUCGGUAUCAGCCAUUGCGCUUGCAUUAAUUUCGUUUUUAAGAAGAUAGAUAAGGAUUUAAAAAGAAAAAAGAGAACAAUCGAUCGAUGUCUAUCUAUCAGUCGAUCGAAUCAACGUUUUGACCACCUUAGGGACUUCCAUGAAACGGAAAGAAAAAAAGAAAAGGUAAAGGAUUCUUUAGAAAUUGUAGAUUAUUUCUACAUGAUAGAUCGAUUAAAAUAAAAUUUGAGAGAGAGAGAGAGAGAGAGAGAGAGAGAGAGAAAAGAGGAUUUUUCUUUUCCUCGUUUCAUCGAUCAAUUGGGAUUUCCAUUGAGAGUUUAUUUCGAUGUCAGAAACGUAAUAAACCUUUGAACUUAUCUUUGGUUCGACGUCAAUAUCAUCGAUAAAGAAUGAGAGAAAAGAGAAAGGAUUGAUAUUUAAAUGGAAGAAUUUCUCGCAUGAAUGUCCCUUCGGUGAAUCGAGUGACGUGACGUGAAUAUAUGGGGUUGUUCUAUCGUCCCGUCAUCAUAAUUAUCUCGUAGAACAUCCCCAAUGUCCAGUGACUGAUAGUGCGCGUUAAUCUUAAGGUAGACGGAUAAUUUUAAUAUGCUAUAUUCCAUUUUAUAUAAUACCUCGAGUGUUUACGUAUAUUACGCUAGUAGUAGAUUUAAAUGAUAAAAGGAAAGAUGAUCUUCGAAAACGAUCCGAUUUGCACAGACCAAAUGAGAUUGAAUUUUCCCUCUUCUUUUUUUUUCCUUUUCUUUUUCUCUCGUUUUCCUAUGUUUUCUUUUUUUUUUUUUUUUUCAUCCUUGCCGAUCGAAAAUUAAAAAUUUCAUCGUCAUUUCAUAAGUACGACGAUAACAUUCGCGAAAAUAAAAUUAUUUUCUUGUUUCAUCUUAUCGCCAAUCCUCGGAUCGUCUUCUGACGUCUUAGGUAAGAAUAUUGCCACGCUCGGGCGCUACCAUUCUGUGAUCCAAUGAAAAAAAAAAAAAAGAAAAAAAAAAAAAGAAAAAAAAGGAAAAAAAAAGAAAAAAAAAUAAAUAAAAUAAAAAAAAAAUAAAGAAGAAGAAGAAUUAAUUGAACUUGCAACAAUGAAGCGAAGGAAGAAGAAGAAAGAAAGGGUAGGAAAGAGAAGGGGAAAGUAAUAAGAGUAAUAAAAAAAAAAAAAAGAAAAAAGGGAACGAAAAGAAGACAAAAAAGAGGCAGAGAGACGAAUAAAAAUAGAAAUUGUUAAUUUAUAGUUCUUUCGAAGAAUCUUACUCUGUAAAUGUAAAUAUAUAUAUAUAUAUAUAUAUAUAUAUAUAUAUAUAUAUAUAUUAUAUUACAUUAUAUUAUAUUAUUGUAUUAUAUACACCUGUACCUUUUUUAAUUGAGACACUCUUAUACAUUUAUUAGAGAUUAAGGUGUCUCCACUUUUUGCAUUCCUACGCAAUUCCAAUUUUUGUACGCUCUUGCAAUGACCGAUGGGGGAAUGUUAUUAAAUGUAAUCGUAAAGAAAGUUGAAAAGAAUGAAAGAACGUAUGUAUGAAAGAAGGAAAAGAGAAGGAGAAAGAGAGAUAGAUGCGUUUAUUAUGAUACAAUUGAGUGAAAGUGCCUUUCACGAUAUGUUACGUAUUCUUUGUAACUUUUCGACGUCAAUGGUAAAGCAUUUUGUUUUGUUUAUUAUCUUUAUUCUUCGUUAUUAUUAUUAUCUUUCGUACUUUAAUAUGUCAUAUGAAAAAAAAAAGACGAAAAGGAAAAAUAAAAAUCUGUUAGCAUGAGAUUCAAUAAGAAGAAAUGCGUAAAUAAUGUCUUUCCAUAAGAUAGAAUUCAAUCUACGAGAAAUUUGCAAAUAUAUGCGUACGUACGUGAACACAUACAUACGUAUUUACAGAAUGUAAUUUUUUACAAUUAUGUAUUCAUCUCUGGUAAGUUUAUAAUUUUACCUUUAUUUAUUUAUUUUUUUUUUUUUUUCAACAUAAUUAAGAAAUACUUCUCGCAUUCCCAGGAUCGAGAGGCUAAUAUUGCUAAAUUAAAUUUUAAUAAUUUAAUUUUUAAAUGGUGCAUAAUAGUUCUGUACUUCGCUCAAACUAAUGAAUUAUUUGAAGAUAAGAGAAAUGGGAAAGAAUUGAAAUGAAAUAAGGGAAAUAGAUAAAGGAGAGGGGGAAAAAAAAGAGAAAUUAGGAGAGGCAAAAGAAAAUGGAAAGAAAUGGUAUCGCCGUUUAUCUAUACUAUAUACUUCUCCCUCCUCCCCCCCCUCCGAUCAAAAUCGUGCUCUAAUUCUAUACAAGUUGACAAACUUUUUUAUCGCUGUACAUUAUAAAAGAGAGUGAUUUUUUAAAUGCACGAGAAAUACUGUGUAUAUACCAUAUAUGUAUACAUACAUACAUACAUAUAUAUUUAUGCAUACAUACAUAUAUAUGUAUAUAUAGAUAUAAUUAUUCAUUAAAUUGUUGCAUAAUUCCUAUCAUAUUCCGCGUGUAUGCAUCAGAAUUCUCCCUUCAAAAAAAUGUGUAUUGUUUUACCUUCAGAGUAAAUGAGAAAUAAGCUAUCCGUUAUAAUUGUAAAUAACAAUGAUUCAAUCAUCUUUAUUUUUUUUUUUCUUUUCUUCUCUCUCUCUCUCUCUCUCUCUCUCUUUCUUUGUCUCUCUCUCUCUUUUUUUCUUCAAUAUUAUAUCAAGGAUAGAAAUAAUGCAACAAUUUAAUAUAUUCUUCCGCGAUUGACGAAUAUAUCUGUAUCCUCUUUUCUCUUUAUGAUCAGUAUACAUACCGAUUAGUCGAUCGGAGGUACAGUUGUAUUCGAAAAAUAAGUGGUACAAUUUCUUUACAUUACCACGUAGCUGUUAACUUCGAUUUAACGAAGAAAGAAAGAAAGAAAGAGAAAAAAAACAAAAACAAAAACAAAAAAAAAAAAGAGAAGAAAAAGAAAAAGGAAAAGAAAAACGAACAAAAAAAAGAAAAACAAGAAGAAAAGAAUAAAAAAGCACAAAAACAAAAAGUAAAGAGAGCAGCGCGAGGAGUACAUAACUUUAAAGUUGCGAAGCUUCGGGGCUUUUAAAUUCAAUCUUAAAAAAGGUUACGAAUGAUCGAGAAGAAAAAAUAAAAAAAAAAAGCAUUUCUCGGUAAUAAAACGAUUUGUCGUGACAACUGAUAUAUCGGAUACACGAUAAUCCGUUUCUUUCUUUUUUUUUUUUUUUUUUUUUUUCUUCUUUUUUUCUUUUGAAUGAGAGAACAUAGAUCGGACAUAUCUAAAUACACAUAUUUAAUUACGUAGAUUGUUCGAUCGUCGAGAAAUAUGUACGCGAGUACGAGUACGUAUAAGCGUUUUGUGUAUGUGCAUGUAUGUGUGUGUAUUUGUGUAUGUGUGUGGUGUGUGUGUGCGUGCAUGCGUGCGCAUACAUGUGUGUAUGUAUAUGCGUGUGUUUGUGUUUGUUUUGUGAAACGAAGGGAAAAGGGUGCAAAAGCUUACUGUUAAGGCCAAGUUUUCGAUUUAACGAGAAAAUCAUAAGAAAAUGAAGAAAGAAAGAAAAAAAAAAGAAAAACCAAAAAAAAAAGACGAAGUUAAGAAAAUACCAUAGAUUAUAUUUAGAAGUUUAAAUAUUAAAACACAGCCGAUUACGAAAUGCGUUUUGUCCAAAAGACUCUCUUCUAUGCUCUUCUAUUCGGGUUAUUAGAAGGUAACAGAACCAUAGCGUAGGAUAAAUCGAUCGACGUCACGUGCCGUUGACCUCGAGAGUUCAUAUAGUUACAUACGUAGCUACGUACUACAUACAUACAUAUGUAGAUACGUGCUACUAGAAACCAUCAGAGUCACACGGUAACGUGCGACGAUCUUCUUGUCCGAUCUAAUUACAUUUAGGAAGGAUUUAUAUCACGCGAGUUUCUAAUUUAAUCGAAAAUGGGUACAAACAUUUGAUUGAGAAUUGCCAAGGAUGAUUUGAAAUGAUGUACUUAAAAACAAUCAUCGAUCUUUACGAUCAUUAUAAAUACUUUUUCAAGGAUAUUUAUUUGUAAAAAAAGGAAAAGAAAAAAACAAAACAAAACAAAACAAAGGAAACAGAGAUUCUUAAAUUUCUUGAUGUUCCAGAUCUCCUUUAUCAGUUCUAUUGUUUCCUUUUAUUUUUUUUCUUUUUUUUUUUUUUUUUUUUUUAUAAAUACCCAUUCAAAAGUAAUCUCAUAAAUUUUGUUUAUUCGAAAUUAAAAAAUAGAUUUUUUUUUUUCUUUCUUUUAUAUUUUAAUAUUAUAAACAUAGUUGGAGGAUCUUAAGAAAGAAGUCUCGGGAACUCUCAGAAGCGUAUAGACCAUGCUUUGAGAAUCAUUGACGUAGAAAGAGAGCUUUUUCCGUAGAUAAGAAAAAAGAGAGAAAAAAAAAAAGAUAAAAAAAAAACAAGAAAAAAAAAUAACAAGAAAAAAGAUUUUUCAAAGCCUAUGAAUUUUUUCCUCCGUGCAUUUGAUCCAUAACGAUCUAUCGAUCUUCGAAGAAAUUGAGGAGAUAGUCCUCUCUCAUUCUCUCUCUCCCUCUCCCUCUCUCUCUCUCUCUCUCUCUCUCUCUCUCUCUAUUUCUUUCUUCGUAUAUCCACCCUUUUGUCUUUCCUCGUUGUCCCGAGGCGAACUGGCGAAAGGCGAUUCUUCGAAAAUUAAGGACAAUGUUUCCGAGUCGUUUGCGAGGGGAAAAAAAAUAAUAUAAUAUAAAAAUAACAAGCUCGUGUUUGGGAAGUUCGUCGAUGAAGAAAAGAGUAUCGUACGUAUAAUCGUUCGAUGAGACGUUUCUUCGUUCAACGAGAAGUUCAAUGAGAAAGAAAAAAACUUAUUUUUUUCGUAAAAGAACUCUUGUUUCUUUUUUUUUGUUUUCGGACUUCUAAAUUCUUCGUCGACGAACUAAAUGAAUUUACGUGAUCAUUGGUAAAAGUCCGAUAGUGAGUCAAAAAGAAGAGAAAAAAAAAAGAAAAAAAAAAAAAAAACAGCAAGAACACAGAAAAAACGAAAGAUAGAAAAGAAGAAAAAUUGAAUUAUGAAAGAAAACAGUAGUUUAAUGUAGACGUGUCAAACUUAUUUUACUUCUUCGAUCGAUUAUGCUAAUUAUAUCAUAAUCGUGCGUUACCAAGAGAAUUUCUUGCAUUCAAUUCAGUUCUCUUGGAAAUUCUUUCUUGUUUUAUUUUCUUUCUGUUAUUUCUUUUCUUUUUCUUCUUUUUUUUCCCUUUUUUUUCCUUUAAUUCAAUUCACAUUCACGUAUACGUGUCAAUAAAAUUAUGUCAAUAGAACUUUCUUUUUAUACUUUACAAUAUCUUUAUGAUUUCUUUAAUGCACUGAGAUAAUUUGUUUGACACGUUCUUCUUUAAAUAAAAUAUUUAUGUACCUACUUCAAGUGUUACCGAUCGACAAGAGAAAAAUCAAUCGAGCGAUUUCAUUUUUCGUAGCUUUAAGAAUAUUAAUAUCGUAGCGAAAAACGAACGAAGUUAUCGUUAUAUGAAAAAUGAUAAGAUAGAUAGAAAAAAGAAAAGAAAGAAAAGAAAAAGAAGAAGAAGAAGAAUAAGAAGAAGAGAAGAAAGUGAGAAAAUCGUGGGCCGAUAAGCGAGCCGUAAAGAUCGUAAUCAUUCUCAUAGUUACUAAAAAAUAUUAUCACAUCACUAUUUGCAAUUUACUGCUACCUACAAUUAUUACUAUACGAUUAGCAAUUAAUAAGCUUUCUUAUGCCAUUUCUCUAUUGUACCACUUAUACAUUUGACGCACGACUUUUUCGAGAAUAAAUCUUUAUGAAACGCUCCA